AAAAUGAUAGAAGUGUUUCAUAUGUUUUUGACAGGUUAGGUAAAAUAAAAGGGUGAAAGUAAUGAGUAAUGUUGAGUAAAAUUUACGUUUCAAAACACACUACUUUAUUUUGAUUAAAAGCGCGCGUUUAAAAAAAUGUUCUUUAAAGAAUUAUUAUCGCAGUAGACUACUAUUUCCGGAGUAGUUGAUUACAGACGUUGGCUGUGAAAAUUUAUUUACCACUUCAUUUUUUUUAAUGAGAUUGUUUUAACUAACAAUGAAUACAGAAAAUGAAUCAUCUAACAAACGCAAAAAUAUAUUGGAUCCAGAACAUAAUAUAACUGAGCCUGAAUUAAAAAGACCAAAAUGUGAAGCUCUUAUAAACAUAUUAGAUUUCUCAGACUGCGUUUUUAUAAAUAUUUUAAAAUAUUUGGAUACUACAUCGUUAUACCAGCUUGGAAGAACAUGUACUCGAUUUGAGAGGCUGGUAACUGAUCCUAAAUUUUGGAAACAUGUGUAUGCUAGAAAGCCUCCAAAUGACAUCAGUAAAGCUGAAUUCAUUACAAACAAUGUCGGCUCUUAUACAAAACAUAUUUUAUUGGCUGGUGAUAAAAGAAGUGAUCAAAUUAUUCCAUUAUCUAUUUUUACACAGGAGAAUUUCUUGACUAAUAUUACAGUAUUAGCUCUUGAGAAUCAAUUUUUAGAUGGGAAAACAGUCAGACUUAAGGAUUUCCCAAAGACUUUAGAAGAGCUUAGUUUUCGCAGAUCGUUUAUAUUAGAAUACAGGAAUUUUUUUAAUGCUAGCAGCACUGCCAUGAGUCGACUAAGGGUACUUAUUCUGGAUCAUUGCCAAUGGCUGGAAACAGAUCUGAUUUUUUGUGUUAGCAAAUAUCCAAACCUCGAAAUAUUUUCUCUCUAUAUGUGCAAGAAAGUAAAUGACCAUAAUGUAGCUCACUUCUGCAUAAUGAGUCGAUUUGGAUUCAAAAAGCUUCAAGUCUUAGAUGUCAGGUUCACAGGUCUAGGAAACGAAUGUAUAAAUUCGUUUUAUUGCUCGUCUACGUUACAAGAAUUGUACCUGCAAUCGUAUUGUACUACAUACAGAGAAGAGAGGGCGAUAAGAAAGGCGUCACUAUUAGAGAAGGACGAAAAACAUGGCGAAGGCGUCUCAUACGUCUCAGAUGACGACGACAACGACGACUCCUGCUUGUCGAACAUAAAAAAAAGAUUUGGGGGGAGUAAUUUGAACACAUGUCGGAUCGACACGGUAUCCGAUGCCUCUAUGCAAUUCUAUUCUAGGACGCGAUCGUUGAAAAGAAAAGACGGUAGUUCUGAACGACCAAGGAGUGUCCUCUACAAAUAUCCAUAUUCAGAGGAAUGUACCUGUGGAUUUUAUGAGGAAUAUUGGAGUAAUAUAGGACAAAGUACUCCUGAACCCUCUUCAUCAUCAUCUACAAUAGAUCCUCCGCGUCCAGUGUCUCCUGCAACCUCCGAAAAAUCACCAGACGAUCGAUCAUUAGAUAGCAUUUAUUUUUUUCAUAUCGAUCCGAUUGCAUACUAUCGUUUUCGAAAAAACGUACAACGUCAUGAACCCCUUCCAGAUUAUCUUCAUGUUGAAUCAAAUCAACUUACGAAAGAUAGACGUUGGAUUGGUCUUCGUGAUCCCCUCAAUGAUUACGAAAUUUCAAUGCUGGAACAUACCGAUUACCGAUUGGAUUCCUAUGCCAUUGCCACCCAGUUCCUUGACUUUAAUACGAUUGAUUUCACGGAUCCCAUUGCGGUAAUGUACAGUUUGAAUCGGGAUUUUGCUCGUCGUCAGGUACAUGUGAUUCGAAGAGCCGAAGGAUUCGAUGCAUUCGAUUUUGCGAAUCCGGCGAAAACUCUUUUCGGAGACAUCGAACCAACCGAUGAAGUGCUCUCAUUUACGACUGAACUUCUGGUAAACAGUGCACGGCUCAUUUAUCUUCUUUUUGACGAACUUCGGCCGAUAAAACCGUCUCCAAUAAUAUCUUUGGCACUCUUCAGUAUUUACCACGACGGGGAUAAGUUACAGCAAGCCGUAAGACAGGCUUCGAAGAAGGUAUCUUGUGUCACGCGUAAAGUGCUUCGUACUUUCGUUAUAGGUUACGCUCUGCUCCGAACUUACGAUCCGCGUUUCCGUAACACGAUAUGUAAUCUAGUACAACGAGUUUAUAACAAGGUGUCGCUUGAUUGUCAGAAGAUGUUCUUGCCGGUACUUAGGGAAAAGGCAGAUGCACUUCGGGCUAACGUGCCCUACGAACACGGAAUCUAUGUAAACGAACCGCCUGAGGAUUAUAACGACGAAGAAUGGGGCUUCUGUUUAGCGAAUGGCGAAGUAAUGUACAAGGAGGAUCGAAGCAUAUGUGGCCAAGACGGAUGCGGGGAUUGUCCGGAAACGGAACCUGUCGAAAUACGGGACGGAAGGGAAGACGCAGUUAAAGCAGACUUCUCCGGUUGGGAGAUUUUCUUUAACAGGAUGGCAUCGGCUAAGGCGCAAUGGGACGGUAAGGAUCCGUCGAAACCUGAUUUACCAAGGUCUCCAAAAUUAUCACCCAAAUUAGCUUAUAAACGAUUAAAUCCGUUAUACCGUCACCAUAACCGGACUGGGGAUUUAGGUUUGUGUAUUGUAGGUCGUAGGGUUGGGGAGAGCAGCAGGGACAACAACGAGCAAGAUCAUAACGACGAAGGAGAGCCAGGACCACCAUUGGGUCUCUUGCGUCUAAUUGAAAUAAGUUUAAGGAGAAAUGACGAGAAUGAUCAAGAGCAGCAACAAAAUCCAGUAAGGUUACGGCAUGAAAAUAUCGAAAUAGUCCGAAAUUUUCCAGUUCGUGAGAUACCGCUUAGAAGAUUAUCGUUACGGGGAUUCCCAAAUAUUACCAACCGUUCAUUAAUCCACAUUGAUGAGCUCGAACUCGAUCUUUUGGACGUAACAAAAACUAAGGUCACUGCAGAAGCGGUUAAGUCAUAUCUAUUAUUGCAUCCUAGCUGUCGAGUAGUUCACGAGUCAGCUUGUACAUGUGGACCAAAAUUACAUUUUUAAAAAUAUUUUGGAGGAAUCGCGAAAGGACUUUUAAAUAACAUAAAGUAAGUGAAUACCAAACUAUUGGUCUAGAAGUUUAAAGAGUGGGUGGUAAUUUUUAGUUUUGCAAGGGGGUGUGCACGUAUGUUUUUAUAGGAUUACUGCACAUAUCUUGCGAUUUUUAAUGUAUUCCUUUUUUAACAAACGGCUAAAGACCGAGUUAUUGUUUUAUUUAGCUUCCAGAAAGAAUAUAACUUGUUUUUGUGAUUUAAAUAAAAACUUUUAACAGUUU